CUCCCCUCCCUCCCCCCUCCCUCCAUCCUUAUGCUCUUCUUUCCCGGGGCUUUGGAACGUUGUGGAUUGUUUGGAAUCUGGGGACCCUCACUGCUGGCCCAUGGCUGUGAUCGCUUCUGACCAUAGCCGGGCACUGCCCACAGCCCCAGAGCAGGAGUUCAGCACCGAGGGGCUACCCCGGGCCUUCCUGCAGAGCCUGCGUACUCUCUUCGACAUUCUGGAUGAUCGACGGCGGGGCUACGUCCACCUUUUGGAGAUUGAGUCCCGGUGGCAAGGCGCGGACACGCGAGAGCUUCCAAGGGGUGUACUGGAAGGUUUGAGGAAGGUUGCCCCAGCCAGCGGGUACCUGACCUUCGAGAGGUUUGUAGUAGGGCUGAGGACUUCGCUGUUGAGUGCUGAGAAUGGGGCCCCCCAUGCCAGAGCCCCGCCGGGGUCACGGGGCCAGGCGUCCCAAGCCAAACUACUUCCCACGGGUCCCGGGAUUUGCAAGGCUGGUGCGGGCCAGGGCCGGGGCAAACUGGCCCACGAAAAGCACCACCAGCGGCUCAUCUUCGCACCCGCAGACGAGCCUCGGACGCUGCUGGAGAAGAAACCUUUGUCCUUGGGAGUUCGCUAUCCCCACGCGGGAUCGAGCUGCUCCUCCCGGAGCCUGGAGAAACUCUCCAGCCCUCAGGAAGCUGGGUGUUACCCCGGGGAUUUGGAACGGCCCAAGAGCCAGGCUCCUCAGAGCCCUGGAGGACUGGUCCUGGAGCGAAGUCUGAGUGGAGACGCAGGCACUGAUGUCUGGACUGUGGGACGGUGCCAUAGUGAAAACUGUGCUGCAGGCGGGUCUGGGAGGCAUUCAAGGGGCCGAGGAGAGCAGCGGCGGCAUACUAUCACCAAUGGAGUGGACUAUGACAUGCUGAAGCAGAUGAAGGAGCUGGAACAGGAGAAAGAUGCACUCCUACAGGGGCUGGAGAUGAUGGACCGAGGAAGGGACUGGUACCACCAACAGCUCCAGUGGGUACAGGAGAGACAGCGCCACCUGACUAAGAACAAGAAGAGCACAGAUUUUGGGGCUGAGGGGAGCCCCAGCCCACUAGGUCAGCUGUUGCCCAAACUGCAGGAAGUUAUUCGGUGCCUAGGGGAGCUCUUAGCUGCUGCCUGUGCUGGAAGGGCCCAGGCUGUUCCCAGCCCUGUCUCUGCCACCCCCACCAUAUCCCCUCUCUCUGGGAGACAUCAACAGACCAUACUCAUGCUGAAGGAACAAAACCAUCUCCUAACAAAGGAGGUAACAGAGAAGAGUGAUCGAAUCACGCAGCUAGAGCAAGAGAAGUCGGCCCUUAUCAAGCAGCUGUUUGAGGCUCGAGCUCGAAGCCAUCAGGAGACCAGCCAGCUAGACUCUACCUUCAUCUAACCCUGCUGACGAGAGUGCAAAUGCCAUGGACCGUCCUUUGCCCUUGUGGUGGGCCUACUCUCUUCAUAGCCCCUGCCCCAGCAUAGGCACACACUCUGGGCAUCCUCUGCCUCAGUAUGGGUAGAGAUUCAGCAGACUGACUCUGCCAUAGUCAGAAACUCAAGACGGCCCCUGCCUCUGAUGGUAUUCAAGGACAUGGCCUUCUCCAACCACUGAGCAUCCCUGCCAUGACCAAGGCAGGAGGACUUCCCCAUCCAGGCUCUGGGGAGAAAUAUCUAUUAGGACAAUUUUCUUAGCCAUCUCUGACAGGAAGGAAGCUUCUCUCUGCCAGUCCUGGAGAGCCUAGCCUUAUCUCCCUCUCUCCACUGCCCCCUUCCUCCUUUGGUGAGCAUAGCCUUGUGUUGAAGGCAUGUCCCUCCUUCUUGCUACAUGUGUGGCCUAGACCAAAUCACUUCAUUUUCCUGGGUUUCCAUUUCCUCCUCUGUACAACGAGGGGCCUGGAGUGGAUAACCUCAUAAGGUCCCUUCCAGCCCUAAUUAUAUAAUAACCUGAGCCGGGUUGUUUUCUCAGUGCCCCCCACCAAUCCUAGUCUGUUCUCCUCAAGGUAGGGGCUGGUUCUCAAAAGAACAUGAACUGGGGGCAGCUAGGUGGCACAGUGGAUAGAGCACCGGCCCUGGAUUCAGGAGGACCUGAGUUCAAAUCCGGCCUCAGACACUUGAUACUUUCUAGCUGUGUGACCCUGGGCAAGUCACUUAACCCCAAUUGCCUCACCAAAAAAAAAAAAAAAAAGAAAAGAACAUUAACUGUUAGGAGUAACCUUGAGGUGGGGGCAUCCCUUUCUCAGGACUUGGUAUAUUGCACCCUUACCCACAAUAGCUAUUACUGGAGCAAAAACUAUGGAGAUGAAGAUGAGCUGGAGAGGCCUUUCUCUGGUAGGAAAUGGGGAAUGGUCAAAACCCACCUUCUUUCUUCAGCCACCCUCAAAGUGUUUACAGGGACAAUUCUGGGGCAUUUAGGUAAGAAUGUUUGUUUGUUUGUUUUUAAUUAUGCUCUUUGCCCUACCCCUAGGAAUGUGUACAGCUGCUA